GGAAUCAACAUCGGUGCUUCAUUGGGGAGCUGUGCAGAAUUGGCCAUGCCCAGGCCAGGCAUCAUCUAACCGGCUGGAUUUCUCCAUUUCUGUCUACUUGUCCUGCUAUCGGGCUGUCUCCCACCGUGUGCGCGGGGGGCAACACAGGAAUGAAAAUCUGCAACCAUGAUGCAAGGACUGAAAAACCGAACCAGAAAGGCCUUAGGGUUACGGAGGAAAGACAAGGAUACAGACUCCACGAGCUCACCUGACAAAGAAGGAACUGGAAGUGGAAAGAAAGGGAGUAAAAAGGCCAAUGGGGCACCCAAUGGCUUCUAUGGGGAGAUUGACUGGGACAGAUAUGCCUCUCCUGACGUGGAUGAGGAGGGUUUCAGCUUCAGACCUGGUGAGGAAGGAGAUGCAGCUUCCAAAGGAAAAAAUUUUUUCUCCUCCAGCGAUUCAGAGGAUGAGGAGGACAGCAAGAAAAAGUUCAAAAUUAAGAUCAAGCCGCUGGUGUCAGACAGUGCCAAGUGUGUCACUCCUACUAUGGAUGAGCUGAAGGCCUCAGUGGGAGGCCUGGCGCUGUCUCCCUCUCUGAAGAGAAGUCCGAGACGCAGCCCGGGUCAGAUAAAAAGAAACUUGUCCUGUGAGGAGAUUGCUAGACCCCGACGUUCCACCCCCACACCGAGUCCUGCCCCUGAGACCCCAAGUGACAGACUAUCCCAGAAUGUUCCUGCCUUCUUUGGGUUGCCUCCAGAGACCAGCUUUGCCAGAUAUGAUGUGGUCCCUAGUGAAUUAUGGGGGGAAUCAAGACCACGGCCCGAAUCUCCUUUAACCAGAGGCUUUCCAACAGGAGCUCCUCCUCCACUUCCUCCAAAAAACAUUCCGUCAACGAGUCACUACGGCUACCCUUCAGACUCUUCUGUCGAUCUACCAAAUGGAAGGACAACUCGCAGCCCCGCUCCUGUCUACCUGAACAUCCAAUCCCCUGCCUCCUACCAAGGCUCCCCUGUCCCUGACCUGGAUGAUGUGUUCGGCCCUGUGGAUAGCCCAAGGAUCAGCGAGGACACAGCGUCUCCCAGAUGGGUCACUUUCAGCAAUGACAGACCCCCUCCUCCAGAUGAACCUGCUCCACCUCCACCACCAGAGUCACCCCCCCCAGACACGCCCUCGUCCACCCCCUCCUCCCCUUGCCUCUCCCCCGGCCCACCUCCAAAUGAGCCCCCACCUUCCCCUCCACCGUUCUCUCCCGGGUCUCCCCCUCCUUUCACACCCCCAGACUCUCCCCCUUCCAUCGUCCUGGGACCUCCUCCAGCUGAACCGGCCCCUCCCCUGCCUCCCAAUUUCUCACCCUCUGAUUCUCCUCCGGUCUGCCUCGAUGAGGAGGCAUUUGAUGAGGAGGUGCUGCAGUUUGUGGAGUACUCUUCGUCCCCUGCCCCCACCAGCCCCGUCCCGCCACUGCCAGCAGAGCGGAGGUCUCCACGGGCAGGAGUACCAUCUCCCUUGCUGCUGGGGGGCACUGGGGGGAAGAGGACUCCAGAAGGUGCCUACCUGAGAGACGAUAUCCCAGACUUUGUGGGUUCACCUAGAGAGCUGACGCCAAGCUUCAGGGGCACUCCACCCCCUCUCCCUCCAACCACCUACAGGUCUAUUGUGUCUUCCCCAGGACCCUACUCAGGCAGCAGCCCCUCAUCUCCAGCUCGUCCUGCCACGCCUCAGUCAGGAGGAAGCCCUGUUCCUCCCCCUCCCCCUCCUCCAAGACCAUCAUCACGACCAAAGCUGCCCCCAGGGAAGCCAAUAGCAGACCUGGCUCGGCCAUUCAGUCCGCCGGUUUCAGGCAGCCCCCCACCUUUCGCUCCUCUGGCUCGGGCAGAAAGCUCUUCCUCUAUCUCCUCCAUCACCUCGCUGAGUGCAGCAUCCACGCCGACUUUGGGGAGGGAUCUCAACAUGUCCAAUGCAGGAUGCUCCAGAGGACCCAGCCCACUCACCAUGGGACCCCAAGACACCCUGCCAGUGGCAGCUGCCUUCACUGAAACCAUCAAUGCCUACUUCAAAGGCGCCGACCCCAGCAAAUGUGUGGUAAAGAUCAUGGGGGAGAUGGUGCUGUCUUUCCCGGCGGGCAUAACCAGGCAUUUUGCCAGCCACCCGACUCAGCCCAACCUCGCCUUCAGCAUCAGCAACUAUAACCGACUGGAGCAGGUCCUACCUAAUCCACAGCUGUUGUGCUGUGAUGCCACAAUGCACAAUGUAGACACCAAGGAAUUCUGGGUAAAUAUGCCAAACUUGAUGAGCCAUCUGAAGAAAGUAGCUGAGCAGAAGCCUCAGGCGACAUACUACAACGUGGAUAUGAUCAAAUAUCAGGUGGCAGCAGAGGGGAUCCAGUCCACUCCUCUGAACCUGGCAGUGAGUUGGCGAGGCGAUGCUACCAGCACAGACCUUAGGAUAGACUACAAAUACAACACUGAGGCCAUGGCCAACCCUGUGCCACUACACAACAUCCACUUCCUGGUUCCUGUUGACGGCGGUGUGGCUAAACUUCAGGCAAUGAUCCCUGCUGCCACCUGGAACCCAGAGCAACAGACAAUGCAGUGGAAGAUACCCAGCCUCUCUCAGAGGUCUGAAAAUGGAGGAGUUGGGGCUCUGCUGGGCCGGUUCCAGUUGACAGAAGGUCCCAGUAAACCAUCCCAGCUGGCGGUCCAGUUCACCAGUGAGGGAAGCACUCUGUCUGGGUGUGACAUUCAUCUGGUCGGGACGGGCUACAGGCUCUCCCUCGUCAAGAAGAGAUUUGCUGCAGGUAAAUAUUUGGCUGAUAAUUAGUGGACUUGUUUGAACCAGGAGAAUCAAUGGCUUUUGACUGUGACAUGGAUCCAUCUCAUAUUUAAUACAUUUGAAACUUUAUCUUUAGCAACAAAGGAUUAACGUUUGAGAAGUAACCUCAGAACAUAAAUCUCUCCCUCUCUCUAUCUCUCUCUCUCUUUCACUCUCUCCAUCUCUCUCUCUCACAAACACACACACAUACACACAAACCCCUAGAUUUUAUUUGCCCUUCAUGUUCAGUAGUAGGUUGCUGCUGAGUUUAUGCAAGUAAUUACAAAUAAUCAGUUUUGUGCACCUGGGAGACGUAUUGGUUUAUAUUGAGUAAAACACAGGAGAGCCCAGCAUCUGUGUUCUUGUUAAUUUCAACAUUUGUCAGUGUGGAUUCAUACCGUGAUCCAGCCUUAUUCAUUUCACAGAUUCUUUUCUCUAACCAGUUGUCAUGGCAAAUGCACUAUAGAAGGCAAUGCGAAAAGAUAAUGUAUGCUAUUAAAACAGUCUAAAACAAGGUGGAAAAUAAUGGAAGUUAUGAAAAUGUGUUGUAUGGAGUUGCUUGAUAGUUGUAUUCUAAUGGGUUCACCAAAUAAUAGGUUACUUGGUAAGAUCUGACAUACACUGCCACCUCAAAUCUGAUUUUUUUCAUCACAUGUGACACAGAUCAAAUGUUUUGUUGCUGUCUAAGCAGAACAUUGAAUUUAUUUCCCUGCUUAGACAGUGCUGAAAAGAUUAUGGUCUAUCUAUCAGACUUCAGAUAAGAGACUUGGCAUUCUGGAUUUGAUUAUGGAUGUCUGGUCACGUUACGGUUCACUAUGAACCUCGGUACUAAAGUCAUAUCAGCAGUCUAAAAUACUUGAUGCAUGCAGAGGCAGAUCUAUGUCCCAUAUGAUGGUGAAAAGCAGUCAGGUUUAAGGGGUGAAAUACAGCCAAAGGGAGUGUGGCUGAAUAUUGUAAGAGUGGCCUUUGGUGAUGUUUGGUAACUUGGCUAAUUCCUCUGACUACAGUCUGUUAGAGGUUUUGACCAGGAUUAUUAUGGACAUCACAGAGAAAUGAAAAGAAAUGUCUAUAAAGAAUACAGCACUAUACAUGUCCCUCUUGUUGAUUUAUUUUCUUGUUUUUCCACCAUGUGGAGUAAAUAGGUGUUUUAUCAUUUUCUAAUAGCAAUAUUUAAAAACUAAUUGUAAAAAACUGUACAUAAAAAAAAUAUGUUUUGAAUAUCUCUUUGGACAUAUGGAUGUGUUUGUGAUUGUCUCUUGAUUUAUCGAUGUCAACCCUCAUAAUGCAUUCAGUUUACAUAACAACAACAUUCACAUCUCUGUUCACCCUUGUCAUUUACUUUAAAUGUGGAUUUCUUGUGCAAAAAAAACUGUGACUGUAAAUGACAAAUAACUCAAAAUGGUUCCGCAUGAAAUCUGCAUUAAUCUGCAUUUGUUUAUCACCACUCUCACCAAUGCAAUGCCAAUUUAUCCUUUUCAAGCAGUUCAUGCUGAUACGUGUGUUAUUGAAACUAAAUCAUGUUAUGAGAGGAACCUUUGCCUUCACUGAUACUUCCUUUCACUGUUUUGCUGUUGUUGCACCUUCAGAAGCUCAUUGUUGAUAGGUUUGGCAUGCAUUCAUAAUAUUACAACUCCAUAAUAUGUAUGUAGCUGACAUCCUCCUGUGUUUGACUUGCACACAAAACACACUUUACAGUCCAACACAUUCAUAAUACAUCUUGAUGGCUUAAUGUCAUAAGGUAACAUUUGGUAUGUGUUUGAACAUCACAUUUUAUAAUGUUAUGAUGUGUUGACUCACAAUUUGGUCCUGGAUGUAAUAUUUUAUUUAGGCCUUACUUAGAUUUUGGAGAAAAAGAAAGAAAAGUACCUAACAAGUUCACUUGGUUCUCUUCAGUUGACUAGAAACAGUAGUUUGGAGUGUUUCUGUUGACAAUGCUUAUGUUUUGAUUUGCCUUAUGUGUGUGAGAAUAUGUCCGCCAAUAUUAGAGGCUUUCUGUAAGUUUAUUUUUUCUAUAACUUUUGGCUGUAUUCCUUUCACUGCGUAAGACACAGAAUAUGCAAAUGUCUCAUGUAAAUUUCCCAUCCAAAGAUUUUCAAAGUAAAUAUAUAAAAAGUCAAUAUAAUGUAAUACCUGUUUUACUUGGUAAUAAAGAAGGGGAAUUAUUGGA